UGCAGCCUACCUGUGGUCAGGUGGAACCAGCUGUGGACGAACAAUCGAAUACUUUGGCUUUAAAGUUUUAACUUUUAAUAUUGUCUGGAAAAGACCUUUGGGAAAUUCAAAGAAGCGGAGGGAAGAUGCCAAAAAGUCGGUCUACGUGUUUCCAUGGCGGGGUGAUAGUUUUCAUUUUCCUCGGAGUCUUACAAGGGGCAGACUCAGCGUUCACAGCCUCCACCAGUACUCCAGUCGUCGAAGUUCAAGAGAACCAAGGGGCUGACCUCAAGUGCACUUACACAUCGGACUUUGGCUCGAACCCCAGAGUGGAGUGGAGCGUUAGGAAAUCCAGCCAGUCCUCCUUUGUCUAUUUCGAUGGUCAACCAACAGAGCCAUACCAAGGCAGGGUGACGAAAUAUGCUGGCGGUCUUCGAUUUGACAAGGUGACCAGGGAGGACUCGGGGGAGUAUGCGUGUGCCGUGGCGGGAGCUGACCACACUGCAGAGGCCCAAAUUCAGCUCGUCGUCUUGGUUCCUCCAUCAGUACCACUCUGUAUGAUCCCUACGUCUGUGACGACCGGUCAUCAAGCCAUUCUCUCAUGUAUGGACCCCACUGCGUCACCGGCAGCCACUUACAAGUGGUACAAAAACGAUGUUCCCCUUCCCGACGACCCUAGCAAAUUUGAGAACUUCAAGAACAUGACCUACAAGAUUGACUCCAAUUUAGGCACCCUGGACUUUCCUGCUGUUUCCCAUGCUGAUUCUGGUGACUACUUCUGUGAGUCGAGUAAUAAAGCGGGCCCUCCACAGCGCUGUGAAGCAGUCAAGAUGAUGGCAUAUGAUGUAAAUGUUGGUGGCAUAGUUGCGGGGGUUAUCUUUGCACUGAUUGCUGUUGGUUUGCUGGCAUUUGGAGUGUGGUUUGCGUACAGCAAAGGAUAUAUACCAAGUAUGGGUACAAUGUUAUCUUUGAAUGUUUGUUAA